UAGAAAUCAGUCAAGAGCAGCAGCAACUUCCUCUUCUACCCACCACCACCCUCCAUCCACCCAUCCUACAUCCUACCUCACCAUCAUGUUUGUCCUCAAACGCGAUGGCAGACGUGAGCGCGUCCAGUUCGACAAAAUCACAUCACGCGUCCAGCGUCUCUGCUACGGCCUCGAUGCAGAGCACGUCUACGCAGAGCAAAUCACCCAAAAAGUCAUUUCGGGUGUCUACAAGGGCGUCACAACCAUUGAGCUCGACAAUCUCGCCGCAGAGACCGCCGCGUACAUGACCACGCACCACCCAGACUACGCUAUCCUUGCUGCGCGUAUUGCUGUAUCCAACCUGCACAAGCAGACAAAAAAGAGCUUCUCGGCAGUGGUCCACGACCUCUACACCUACAUCAACCCUAAGAAUGACAAGCCCAGUCCCAUGAUCAGUGACCAUGUCUACAAGACUGUCAUGGCGCACAAGGACGAGCUCGACAGUGCCAUCAUCUACGAUCGCGAUUUCGCGUACCAGUACUUUGGCUUCAAGACGCUCGAGCGUUCUUAUUUGUUGCGUAUCGAUGGUGCUGUUGCAGAGAGACCGCAGCACAUGAUCAUGCGUGUCGCUGUUGGCAUUCAUGGUGAUGACAUUGAAAAGGCCAUUGAGACAUACAACCUCAUGUCUUCCAAGCACUUCACACACGCAUCGCCUACCCUCUUCAACGCCGGUACGCCCAACCCACAACUCUCGUCUUGCUUCCUUGUCACAAUGAAGGAUGACUCGAUCGAUGGCAUCUACGACACACUCAAAACGUGUGCCAUGAUCUCUAAGACAGCCGGUGGCAUUGGUCUCAAUGUCCACUGCAUCCGUGCAACAGGCAGUUACAUUGCCGGUACAAAUGGUACAUCCAACGGCAUCAUCCCCAUGCUGCGUGUCUUCAACAACACUGCCAGGUAUGUCGACCAAGGUGGCAACAAGCGUCCAGGUGCCUUUGCUAUUUACAUUGAGCCAUGGCACGCAGACAUCUUUGGCUUCCUUGACUUGCGCAAGAACCACGGCAAGGAAGAGGUCCGCGCACGCGACUUGUUCUAUGCUCUCUGGAUCCCUGAUCUCUUCAUGAAGCGUGUGGAGGAGAAUGGCGAGUGGUCGCUCAUGUGCCCCAACGAAUGUCCUGGUAUGCACGAGGUGUAUGGCGAUGAAUUUGAAGCCUUGUACACCAAGUACGAGAAGGCCGGCAAGGUCAUGAAGACCAUCAAGGCACAGAAGCUGUGGUACGCUAUUCUCGAGGCGCAAACUGAGACGGGCAAUCCCUUCAUGCUGUACAAGGACGCCUGCAACCGCAAGUCGAACCAGAAGAACCUCGGUACCAUCAAGUGCAGCAACUUGUGUACCGAGAUUGUCGAGUACUCGGCACCCGAUGAGGUGGCUGUCUGCAAUCUCGCCUCCAUUGCCUUGCCCACCUUCAUCGACAUGCGCGCAGAAACACCCGUCUACGACUUCAAGAAGCUCCACGAUGUCGCCAAGGUUGUUGCUCGCAACUUGAACAAGAUCAUCGACGUCAACUACUACCCAGUCAUUGAAGCUGAGCGUUCCAACAAGCGUCACCGACCCAUCGGUCUUGGUGUGCAAGGUCUCGCCGAUGCCUUCUUGGCACUUAAGCUGCCAUUCGACUCGCCCGAGGCCAAGGAGCUGAACAUCCAAAUCUUUGAGACCAUCUACCACGGUGCUCUUGAAGCCUCGUGUGAGCUGGCACAAGAAGAGGGUCCAUACUCUACCUACGAGGGCUCACCUGCCUCUCAGGGACUUUUGCAGUAUGACUUGUGGAAUGUCACACCCACCAAGCUCUGGGACUGGGCGACGCUCAAAGAGCAGAUUGCAAAGCAUGGUAUCCGCAACUCCCUGUUGUGUGCACCGAUGCCCACUGCGUCCACGUCACAGAUUCUGGGUUUCAAUGAAUGCUUUGAGCCCUACACGAGCAACAUUUACUCGCGUCGUGUCCUUGCCGGUGAGUUCCAGGUGGUGAACCCUUGGUUGCUCAAGGAUCUCGUUGAGAUGGGACUCUGGUCAGAGAAUAUGAAGAAUCGCAUCAUUGCCGAUGGUGGCUCUGUGCAAAACAUCCCAAACAUCCCUGCAGAGACGAAAGCCCUCUACAAGACUGUAUGGGAGCUCUCUCAAAAAGUGGUGAUCGAUAUGGCUGCUGACCGUGGUGCCUUUAUUGAUCAGUCGCAAUCCCUCAACUUGCAUCUCAAGGCGCCGACAUUCGGUAAAAUUACAUCGAUGCACUUUUAUGGUUGGAAGAAGGGACUCAAGACGGGCAUGUACUACCUGCGUACCAUGGCUGCCUCAGCACCCAUUCAAUUCACUGUUGACAAGGAACAACUCGCCGUUGCCGAUACGGCUGUUGCGAAACGUCGCGUGACACGCAAGUAUGCCGCUCAAGAACAAGCCAUGCCAGCAACUUUGCAAGCUGCCAUGCCAGACUCACCGGAACUCGAUACAAAAGAAACCGAAAUGGUUGCUUCUAGCAGUGAAGAUGAACCAGACACACCGGCAGUUGCAAGCACCCAAGCAACACCUGUCAAAGCUGCUCGUGUGCCUGUGGAUCAUGAUGCAAAGAAAGCAGGCAUGACGGAGGAAGAAGCCAAUAUCUACGAUGACAAGGUUCUCACUUGCUCCAUUGAGAACCGGGAUGAGUGCGUCAUGUGCGGCUCAUAGACUUGCCGGAGUCUGCCAUCUUGUCCUUUCAUUGGAAUUUUCUCUUGUACAUUUAGAAGUGUGUUUAUCGUCGUAGCAGAGCUAUUCAUCUUGUUUUGUGCCUCGUGUGUUGACUCCUAUAAGCAGCCCUACAGAGUCAAGCUUGAAUCUGAAGGGGCGAUACCAUCAUCUUCAGAUGACACAGAAAGCAAAUUCAUCACUGCAUGGAAGCAGGAGUCAACGGAUGUCACGAGCAAGGUACAGGCGACUUUCACAAUUUGAGUCAGCAAUUGGGAAGACUGGAUGGUUCUGAAAAGUAACGAAGGAUACUGGGAGACACACUAUCUGUCGUACAAAAGGGUUCGGCUAAAGGUUUGAAAACUGCAUCGUGCUGCGUCCUGCGACAGCGCAGUGACCACAAAAAGUGCAUCCUGAACGUUUACGGGUGAUUUCCAUUAGAUUGAAAGUCAAACCUCAGGUGAACGAUUUAUGGC